AUGGAUGAGCAUCAAAGAAUAAUUCGUGAUACUGAAGCGAAAGAAAAAACUGAAUGCGAAGCUCAGGUCACGCUGGAAAGCCGGAAGCUUUUAUUUCCAGUAUGGACUCUAAAGCGAAGUCAAAGUGAAGUUGUGGAUAUGCCGAAUAGCGGUGCAUAUCACUUACUUUUCUUGUUUUAUCUCAAGCAUAUGAAGCCACAGUUCGAGACGUGGAGUGCGAGCAAGAUUAUAGUUGUGAAGGUCACCGGUACAAUCGAAACCGAAAGCUUCCCAAAUGUGAAGUUCAAGGUUGUGAGAGGUUCAUUUAGUCAGGUCUACGAAUUCACCCUCCCUGAUCUGCCAUGCCUUACCCCUUAUGAGUGGAUCAUGCUUUACAACAUGUUGCUGAGAGAUGGAAAAAAAAUAUUAGCCCGUUAUUGCUCACCUUAA